GUGGAAACGUUUUUAUAGCAGCUGGAUUAAAAGGAAAUAUAAGUCCAAGUUUAAUGGUAAUAGAAUAAGUAAAGAAAGGAUGGAAGAAAAGUUUUUAGGAUAAAAGAAUAAAAACCGAUUAGGAAACUUAAAGACAAAAGGUUAAUGAAUACGCAAAGGGCUGCCAAACUCUUCUUUUCUAAAUAUCCAGAGAAUUUGUUUGUGGAAUUUCAUGGAACUGUUGAUGGAUCAAACACUAAUGCAAAUAUUAUUGGAAAGCGAUUAAAAAGAUACUGUUUAAAUGCUCUGAAACAAUUUGUGUUUGUGAAACCUCCAGACAGUGGAAAUGGAUAAAAUUGCUGCCUGAUGGGAAGAAAAGCGAGUAUAAUCACAGGCACCAGAACCGUCAGGCUGUUGGCGAUGGUGCUGGAGCCAGUUAAG